CUUCCGGUCCACCUGGUGGCGCUGUGGCAGCAGCGCGUCCGCCUCAGAACAAGACAGCUGGCGGUCCAAAGUUCCCGCAGCCUGGUUCCGCGGCAGCGCUCCGGGAGUCUUCACGGUACAGAACCGACGUCAUGGAGCGGCUGAAGGUGAUCUCUGGUCACCUGCUUCCCCGCGGCCCCUCGGAGCCUCUGCGGGUCUUACGGAGCUGUGGGAGCGGCUCCUCGGUGCCCGGUACCGGGGAGGAGGUGGUGGUGGUCCACGGACGGAGGACCGCGAUCGGAAAGGCCAAACGAGGAAGCUUCAAGGACACCACGCCUGACGAGCUGCUGAGCGCCGUGAUGAGCGCCGUGCUGGCGGACGUGGGGCUGCCUGCGGCCCGGCUGGGGGACGUCUGUGUGGGUAACGUGCUGCAGCCCGGAGCCGGAGCGCUGAUGGCCCGAGUGGCUCACUUCCUCAGCGGCUUUCCAGAGACGGUUCCUGUUUACACCGUGAACCGCCAGUGUUCCUCGGGUCUGCAGGCGCUGCUCAACAUCGCAGGAGCCAUCAGGAGCGGAUCCAUCGAGCUGGGCCUGGCCUGCGGGGUGGAGAGCAUGUCGCUGCGGUCCAUCGGGAACCCGGGAGACCUGAGCUCCAGGCUGGUGGAGAACGACAAGGCCCGGGACUGCCUGGUUCCGAUGGGCAUCACGUCGGAGAACGUGGCCGAGCGCUUCGGCGUCUCCAGGGAGAAGCAGGACGCCUUCGCUCUCAGUUCACAGCUCAAAGCCGCCCAGGCCCAGAACUCGGGUCGGUUCGACCAGGAGAUCGUUCCCGUCACCGUCUCCGUGACGGACGAGUCGGGCCGGGAGAGCCGGCUGCAGGUGAGGAAGGACGAGGGGAUCCGGACCGGAACCACGCUGGACGGACUCUCCAGACUCCGACCCGCCUUCAAGCCCGACGGCAGCACCACAGCAGGUAACUCCAGCCAGGUGAGCGACGGGGCGGCGGCGGUUCUGCUGGGCCGCAGGUCCGCCGUGGAGGUUCUGGGCCUGCCGGUUCUGGCCGUCCUGAGGGGCAGCGCCGUGGUGGGGGUUCCACCGGACCUGAUGGGGAUCGGACCCGCCGUAGCCAUCCCUGCGGCGCUGCGGCAGGCAGGUCUAUCUCUGGACGACAUCGACGUGUUUGAGAUCAACGAGGCCUUCGCCAGCCAGGCGCUGUACUGCGUGGAGAAGCUGGGCCUCCCUCUGGAGAAGGUCAACCCAAACGGCGGCGCCAUCGCUCUGGGUCACCCUCUGGGCUGCACCGGCGCCCGGCAGGUGGUGACGCUGCUCAACGAGCUGCGGCGCCGAGGCCGCAGGGCGUACGGCGUGGUGUCCAUGUGCAUCGGUACCGGCAUGGGAGCCGCCGCCGUCUUCGAGUUCCCCGGGCCGCAGCGGGAGGAGGGAGGCCGGGUCGCCGGCAGAACCUGAGCGGUUCUGGAGACGCGGCGGUGGAGGAGGUUCUGGACGAGAACCCGGAGGAAACGAGUUUAACGGAUAAUUGUUUAUUUUCCUGUGAAUCCUGAGGUCGAUGAACGGAACCAUUAAACGGGCCGACAUGGUACCGGUUCUUCUGUUUGUUCUGACGCGUGAACCCAAACGGGUCGGUGGGUUCUGAAAGCAUCCAGAACAUUUUCUGACCCGCCUGCUGUCACCACAGAUGAUAAAAUAAAAGGUGAUGUGGAGCAGCGCUGACAGAACCGGGUCAUUCCAUGAGUACAGGGAAAACGGAGGGACCCUGAAGGGGCCUUGGGUUUAGCCCCGCCCCCUAGAACAGCUGGUAGUGACGUCAUAGCUGAAGGAGCUCUGCAGAGAAAACAUCUGAAUAAAAGCUGCAGCAUAAAAUGAGAACAUCACAAGUUUUUAGUUUCUAACGUUUAAUUUUUCAGUGAUUAAUCGUUCAAAGUUCCACGUUUUUCUGGACCGGUUCCGUCUCGUCUUCCUGAAACGAUGAGGAACCAGCAGGAACUCCCUGGAGCAGAACCGGGUCGGUUCUGAUUCACUUAUCCUGCUGGACCUGGAUCAGACGACCCGGUUCCUCCUUUAACGUUAUUUUAACCCGUUAACGUUUAAUCUGCCUCAUUUUACUCGUUAAAAGCUCGUUAACUGGAUCUUCUGAUGUUUCAUCGUCUCCAUCGAUGUAAACCUGAACCUGCUGAUUAAAAGUCUUUAAAUAAA